AUGGCGGCUAUACAAUGUUUGAAAAGGAAGAGAUUAUAUGAGCAACAAGUUGAACAGCUUGGCAACUUCCAGCUCCGUAUCCAUGAUCAAAUGAUUAUGUUGGAAGGUGCCAAAGCAACAACAGAGACUGUAGAUGCUUUGAGGACUGGUGCUGCUACUAUGAAAGCUAUGCAGAGAGCUACAAACAUUGAUGAUGUUGACAAGACGAUGGAUGAGAUCAAUGAGCAAACCGAUAACAUGAAACAGAUCCAAGACGCAUUGUCUGCUCCCUUUGGCUCUGCUGCUGAUUUCGAUGAGGUAAAAUUUCCCCUUUAUUCCCACGAUCAUCAUACUCUUUAGAAACAAACAAUCUCCCCUUCUCUUACAUCCGCUUGAUCUGUAGAUUUAAUCAAAAGUUCAAUUCAAAUAAAAAACAUAUCUUUUAACUAGAUGCUCUUCUUCUCCAUCUUCUUCUUCUUUGUUGAUAACAAACAAUAACUAUACUUGAGGUUAAUUAUCUUGUUUUGGGGAAUUGACCUAAUCUAAAAACAUCGUUUCUUAAAUUUGAAUAAGGAUAAAAGAGAGUAACGCGACAUACCGAUCAAAACACAGAUCUCGAACCUUUGUUUAAAAACUACAAUCUGUGUUUUAUUAGGGAUUGUCAAGAAACCUCUGAGUUUGAAGAAGCAGCAAGACACGAGAUGUUUUGAUGAACGUCGUUAAGUCUACAUCUUCCUUUUUUUUCUUUUAAAGCUAUUUUCCUUUUUUUUUUCUUUAGUUUUAAUAUUUUUUUUGACUAAUGCAAUUUGAUUGGUAAUCAAUAGUGAGGUGAAUUAGAGGAUUCACCAUAGGGGUGAACCCAAGUAUUGUUCCUUUUUCUCUUACUUUUUUUUCCUUGUUAUAUUCGUUGACUUCACACACUGUGCACUACAUGUGUGGUCAAUGGUCAUGUAGUCAUGUGUGGUUUUAGGAAUAUGAAUAUAUUUAUAUAUAUUAAAAAACAACACAAGUCAAUGGUUAUAGUCUGCUUUCUAGUAAAAAGACCAUAUAACAUUCCAAAGUCUUAACAAGAGAGUUUGGAUCUUAUUCAAAGAAAAUAGCCGGGAUGAUCAAUCAUAUACGUAUAUCUUCUCGGUAAACGCUUCCUU